AUGGGUCUCCUCACUCUUGUCGAAGAUAGGCCUACGCCUAGGGAGGUUUACAACUGGCGCGUCUACGCCGCAGCAUCAGUUGCAUCUUUCGCAUCCUGCAUGAUCGGUUAUGACUCUGCUUUCAUUGGAACGACCCUUGCGCUCCCAUCGUUUGUCUCGGAAUUCAAACUGUCGGCACCUUCGCAAAUCUCGGCUUCUGAGCUUGCCCUGAAGAAGGCCAAUAUCGUCUCCGUCUACCAGGCUGGCGCCUUCUUCGGCGCUUUCGGUGCCUAUGUCACAUCCUACUACCUUGGACGCAGAAUCACUCUGCUCAUCUGGACCAUGAUUUUCAUCCUCGGUGCGGGAAUGAUGUUGGGCGCGAACGGUGACCGUGGACUUGGCUUGAUCAUCGGUGGCCGUGUUUUAGCCGGUCUGGGCGUUGGUGCCGCUAGUAACAUGGUUCCGAUCUACAUCUCGGAACUGUCACCUCCUGCGGUCCGUGGACGACUCGUCGGUAUCUACGAGCUAGGAUGGCAGAUUGGUGGUCUGGUUGGUUUCUGGAUCAACUAUGGACUCGUCGAGACCAUGGGUCCUUCUACCCGCCAGUGGAUGAUUCCCUUUGCUGUUCAGCUCAUUCCCGCCGGUCUGCUUCUUGCUGGCGCUGUCUGGCUGAGGGAGUCACCUCGCUGGCAGUUCGCGCGCGGUGAUCGCGAGAGGGCUGUGCGGGAUCUAUGCUGGAUUCGCAACCUGGAUCCCACCCACCCUUACAUGGUUGAGGAGAUCGCCGCUAUCGACGCUGAAAUCGAGCACGACCGCAUGGUUGUCGGUCCCGGCUUCUGGGCUCCCUUCAAGGCCGUCAAGCAGCGCAAGGUCCAGUACCGUCUCUUCCUCGGCGGCAUGCUUUUCCUGUGGCAGAACGGAUCCGGCAUCAAUGCCAUUAACUACUACUCUCCCACCGUCUUCAAGUCCAUCGGCAUCACUGGCACCAACACUGGCUUCUUUACCACCGGACUCUUUGGCGUCGUCAAGACGGUCGUCACGGUUGUCUGGCUCCUCUACCUGAUCGACCACCUCGGCCGCACCAAGCUUCUCAUGAUCGGUGCCGCCGGUGGCUCUGUCUGCAUGUGGAUCAUCGGCGCGUACAUCAAGCUGCACGGAACCUCUGCCAACGGCGACAAGCUUCCCCCUGGCGGGAUCGCAGCCAUCUUCUUCUUCUACCUGUGGACGUUCUUCUACACGCCGUCGUGGAACGGGACGCCGUGGGUGAUCAACUCGGAGAUGUUCUCGCAGCAGACGCGGUCGCUAGGCCAGGCGUCGGCAGCGGCCAACAACUGGUUCUGGAACUUCAUCAUCUCGCGCUUCACGCCGCAGAUGUUCCUGACCAUGAGCUACGGCGUGUACUUUUUCUUCGCCUCGCUCAUGAUCCUGUCCAUUCCUUUUGUCUUCUUCCUCAUCCCCGAGACAAAGGGCAUCCCGCUCGAGCGCAUGGACGAGCUCUUCGAGAUCAAGCCCAUCCGCCGCGCUCACCCGAUCAUGCUCGACCGCCUGAAGGACAUGGAGCAGGUCCGCGAGGGCGGCAUCUACGAGGAGAAGGCCAAGGAUAUCGAACGCAACGAGAGCGUUUAA